CUCUACCAUCAACACACACACGUGUCGAUAUCUCAAGAAUUCCCAUUUCCCGAAAAAGUCCCAGAAAUAAAAAAUAAAAAGCUAAAACAUCCCUGUUUCCCCAAGCAACAUUUAGAGAUCUUCUCUUUGAAUAAUAAAUUAAUUAAAUAAUAAAUUAAAAAAAAUAAAAUAUAUAAAAGAAAAAUCAAGAAAACAAGAAACAAAAAAAAAAGAGCUUCUACUGUAUUCUUUUUUGCUUGGGCUGAACCCCACUUGGUUUGUAAGUUGUAACCGAAAAACAGAGUAUCAAGCAAAGAGAGCAUAAUGUCGAAAGACACUUACAACGACGAGUCGAGUCACCGAAAAACCGGUCUUUUGAAGGAUCAAGUUAAAUUGGUUAAAAAGAAGGACUCGAACCGGUACGAGAUUUCCCCCAUUCCGAACGAAUUGUCGUUUGAGAAAGGCUUCUUUGCUACAGUGCGUGCAUGCCAGCUGUUGACUCAGAAAAACGAGGGUCUUGUAUUGAUAGGUGUAGCGGGGCCCUCUGGUGCCGGAAAGACCAUAUUUACCGAGAAGAUAGUCAACUUUAUGCCGAGCAUUGCCGUUAUUUCAAUGGACAAUUACAACGAUGCUAGUCGAAUUAUCGAUGGCAACUUUGACGAUCCAAGAUUAACGGAUUACGAUACUUUGUUGAAAAAUAUUAACGACCUCAAAGAAGGGAAGCAGGUUGAUAUUCCGAUAUACGACUUCAAAUCCAGCUCACGCACCGGAUACAGGACACUUGAAGUACCGAGCUCGCGAAUUGUGAUAAUCGAAGGAAUCUAUGCUUUAAGUGAAAAGUUACGUCCUUUACUUGAUCUACGGGUAUCCGUGACAGGUGGCGUUCACUUUGAUCUCGUUAAACGGGUUUUACGUGACAUCAAUAGAGCUGAUCAAGAACCAGAAGAAAUAAUACAUCAAAUAUCGGAAACAGUGUAUCCGAUGUACAAGGCUUUUAUCGAGCCUGACCUGGACACCGCACAUAUAAAAAUCGGCAACAAAUUUAACCCGUUUACUGGUUUUCAGUCCCCUACUUAUAUUCUUAAGUCACUGAAGAGUGUACCCGUGGAGCAAAUCAAAUCUGUCAUGUCUGAAGAACACACAGAAUGUACAGAAGAGACGUACGACAUAUUUCUUCUACCGCCCGGUGAAGAUCCAGAGACAUGUCAAUCUUAUCUUAGGAUGCGUAAUAAAGACGGGAAAUAUAAUCUCAUGUUUGAGGAAUGGGUGACCGAUACUCCGUUUGUGAUAUCUCCGAGAAUAACUUUCGAAGUUAGUGUGCGUCUACUCGGUGGAUUAAUGGCAUUGGGAUACACUAUAGCAGCCAUACUUAAAAGAAGUAGCCAUAUUUUCGGCGACGAAAAAGUCUGCGUAAAAAUCGACUGGCUCGAGCAGUUAAACCGUAAUUAUAUUCAGGUUCAAGGUAGAGAUAGGCUUGUAGUAAAAUCCGUUGCCGAGCAACUGGGAUUGGACGGUUCAUAUGUUCCGAGAACUUAUAUCGAACAAAUACAGUUGGAGAAAAUUGUGAAUGAUAUGAUGGUAAUGCCAGAUGAUUUGAAAAACAAGCUUAGCAUAGACGACGAUUUUGCCUCGAGUCCAAAGGAAGCGCUUUCCCGAGCCUCUGCAUUAGCCAGAAUCAAGAACCUUAGAAGUGGCAUGUCGCAAUCGUAUACAACAAACCGGGACAAAAACCUGUCGAAGAUGAACAGGAGAUUCGACGACCAUACAGCAGAUUCACCUGCAAUUUUAGCAAAUCAGGGAGCUGUGACACAGCUUUCGGAGCAAAUUUCUACAUUAAACGAGCGUAUGGAUGAUUUUACGUCACGCAUCGAAGAGCUAAAUUCCAAGUUAACGAGCAAAAACGGUUCUCCUAAUUCACAAAGCAUAGGAUUGCAAGCUGAAGCCUGUAACGGGUCGGCCCCAACUUCUUACUUCAUAUCCGGAUUAGGAAACGGAUCCUUAACCGGGUCGAUGCUGCCUAAUUCAUCGUCUUCUUCCCAAUUAGCAAAGGAUUCAUCUUUGACCGAAGAGCUGUCGAGUAUAUCGCGAGGGCAGCGCCAAGUUAUGCACCAGCUGGACAAUCUGAACAAUCUCUUACGAGAAAAUAUGGGGGAUAAAUCGGUUCGUGACAGAAGAAAGAAACGAAGUGGGAUUGCUGAAAACGAUACGAAUAGAAAUGCGGUGAUUUUAUUAGCAUCGUUAGCAGUUGGUGGGUUGGGAAUUUUUUUGUUCAAGGGUGUAUUGUCCCGAAAUUGAGCUUAAAUUUAUUAGGUACGUAAGAUUUAAUAUUCGUAGGCCGGAAAAGAAAAGAAAAACGAUUAUUUAGCGAGGGGGCGGCCCCCCCCUUGUGAUCGGGAAUUUAGACUUUUUGCAUGGAGUUAUUGAUCUGUGCUGCUUCUGAGGUUUUAGGAGGCAAAGUAUACCUCUAUGAGGUGUAUUUUAACAAAUUUUGUAGUUUUUUUUAUUUAUUUAUUUUAAUAAUUAGAAUUUAUGCAUUUUGUCA